AUGGAAAUUCAUGAAAGGCUUGAUAAUUUAUUAUCAGAAGACCCUAGUAAUCAAGAUAAGACAAGAGCUUUGAUAAUUGUACUGGGAGAUUUAGCUCGGUCCCAUAUAGAAAAAAGCCUGAAUGAUAGGGAAAAUAAGAGUUCUUCUAUUGGCGCCAUCAUUAGAAGCAGACAGGACAUACAUAUUUUGUUUUUGAAUAGAUUUCAAUAUCUUUUCAUGUAUUUGAUAAAAUUCGAAGCUGAAGAGGAUUCGGUAAAUAAUGACUACAACAAUUUGAUAUUUUAUGGAUUAGAUUCUCUAGUUCAAGAAUUAAAUGCCAACAAAACUGUAGAAGAGGAUGAAAAUAAGGAUGAGCAACAAAAUGAAGGGAAUAAGGAUUUAGUAAUAGACAAUGAACAAGUACGAAUAGUGAACCUUAUAUACAAUGCUUCAUUUCGAAUCAAAAGAAAACGUGCAUUAAAAGAUGUUAUAUUUAUUCCUGUAAAUAGAACUAAACCAAUUUGUGAUAAAUUAACAAGAAUUGAAGACUAUUGGAGAAAUAUCUGCUGA